AUGAAUAAUUCAACAAGUGAAUGUAGUACUAAUAAUACUAUCCAUCAUGAUGAUGAUGAAAGUGUCGCGAAUUUACUUUGCACGAACAAGAAUGAAACAACUCAUUCUCCACCACUACUAUUUCCGAGAUGCUCCAUUGUCGAGGAAGAAGUAGAAGAAGACAUUUCACCAUCAUUCUCUGCCUACCAACAAGAAAUAUUUAAAGGUGGAAUUUGUAAUACUUUCCUCAAUGAAUUACCACCUGGCAUGAUGGAUAAUAUUACUGCUGAUUUUACAGCCCAGGGUGCUGAAGAGCUUUUGAGAGUAGAAGAAGAACAAUAUGGUGCGUUUGUUUCCAGUUCCAGUUCUGGUUUGGAAACAAAUAAUGACUUUAUGGAUGAUCCUAUCUCACCUUCUUCCAGAGGUACGUUGACAGUAGUAGACUCGAACAGAACUUCCUCCAUUGGGUCAUCCACCACCCUUGCUCAAGAUGGAAACAGUUUCAAGAGAUUGAAUGGACGAAAUACGUAUCUAAAGGUGAGUGGGACAACCACCAAGUCUUUCACUUUCAAAUUCAAUGUUUUGACCAAGUCAUCAGAUGGAAGAGGAACAAAGUUUGAUACUACGUUUAGUUUGGUUGGAACGGUGUGUGUUAAUUGUAUACUCUCUGAUGAUAAGGAGUCUCAUUACAUUAAUUUGAAAGAUAUCAAAAAGAAAAAGAAGUGUGUACUUUCCGUGCUCAGAGAAGAGUUCAAUAUUGGUAGAGAACUAGAAUUGUGGAUUCAAAUUGAUAAUUGCACAGAACAAUUGAAUGUUUAUUGUCAAAAGAAUAAGACAGAGCAGAGCAUUCACAACCUUAUUGUUUUUAAUUAUGCAACAUCUACAGUAGAGCUGAAGGAUGUUGGCAAUUUGACUAGUUACUCGAAUGAAAGUAUUACACCAACAUCUGUUGAAUAUCACAAGAAAGAAAUUGCAUGUUUCAAUGACUUGGUCUGUUGA